AUGGGGAAGAAUCGGUUCGGUGUUGCGGUGGCUGUUGCAUUCUUGGCCUUGAUUCAUGUUUCUGUCUCAAUCCCUUUCGUAAUGAUCCAUGGAAUUUCAGCUGAAUGUUCUGAUAAAACAAACUCUAACUUCCCUCGGCUUCUCACUAACCUCUCUGGCUCUCAUGGCUUUUGCUUAGAAAUCGGAAAUGGAAAAAGCGAUUCAUGGCUUAUGCCACUUUCGAAACAAGCAGAAAUAUUGUGUGACAAGGUGAAGAAUAUAGAAGAGUUACGUCAAGGAUACAACAUUGUUGCAAGAUCUCAGGGGAACUUAAUUGCUCGAGGGCUGAUCGAGUUCUGCGAUAAUGGGCCUAAGGUUUACAACUACAUAUCUUUAGCUGGUCCUCAUGCUGGAAUCUCCUCUGUUCCUUGGUGUGGUAAGGGUAUCUGGUGUGUGGAAGCAGAUAAACUGAUUGAGAAGGAUAUUUAUACCGAAUACGUUCAAGAUCAUCUAGCUCCUAGUGGUUACAUCAAAAUCCCUACUGCUAUAACAAAGUACCUGCAAAGUUCUAAGUAUCUACCAAAGCUUAACAAUGAGAUACCAAACCAAAGAAACGCAACUUAUAAAGACCGUUUCACCAGCUUACAAAACUUGGUUCUUGUCAAGUUUCAGAACGAUACAGUUAUUGUUCCAAAUGAUUCAUCUUGGUUUGGGUUUUACUCGGAUGGUGCAAAUCAACCUCUUCUCUCUGCUCAACAGACAAAGCUCUAUACAGAGGAUUGGAUCGGACUGAAAACGUUGGAUGUUGCUGGUAAAGUGAAGUUUGUGAGUGUACCUGGUGGACACCUCCGAAUGGCAACUUCCGAUAUUGUCAAAUAUGUUGUGCCUUAUCUCCAAAACCAACCGUCUUCCAUACAAAGACUCAACCGGGAAAAGAAGGAAACAUUGCGUCAUUAA